AUGGCAAAUGGGGAGCAAGAAGAGAACCAGGUCGGACUGCAAAAUCUGGAGGAGCAAAAACUACUGUCGACGUCGGAAUCAGCAAAGCCCGAAGACGUAGAUGACCCACAAGGCGAGGGUGCAGAUCCGUGGGAGUAUGCUCACGACCCGACGUUUGUGGAGAACGACAACUUCUGGACUCGCAAUAAAGCGCUUCUUUUAACCCGCGGCUGGGUUUACGGCACGCAUCUGAUCUAUGACCUAGACAAGCGUACGCUAUCUCAAUUCUCUGUCUCUGAGGCUGCACGAAGUGACUGA